CUCACUGCGACUCACUCAGCUCCAUCACAUCCUUGACCGCGGACAAAGUCCUCCUGCUUUAAAAAAAAAAGAAGAAGAUUAUUUACACAGACUGCAGAUUCACCAAAAGCUCUCGGACACCUUUUUUUUUUUGUCUUCUUCUUCUUCUCCCACUCUCUUUUUCCAUUCAAUGGGUCCAUGCGCAGCGCUGCUCGGCUGUGUGGUCGCAGUUCUCCUCGGCCAAGGAGCUGGUCAGAUCUCCAUAGAGGACUGCUGUAAAGAUGGCCAGAAGCGUGGCAAUGACAACGAAGAUUGUACGUCCCUCCCCCUCAUCUCUGAGUCAAUCACGUGCAGGAUAGUGCAGGAGCAGUGCUGUGUAACAGUGCUCGAGGAUAACAUGUGCACCACCGGUAUCAACAUGGCCAAAGACCAAGGACUCUGCGAUUCCUUAUUCACCAACACCUGCGAGACCAAGACUACAAAGAUGUGCUGCGACUGUUGUCUUCUGGGGAAGGCGACGCAGGCGGGGGAUCUACCCUGUGACCACAACCUGUCGGUGGGCUACCAGUGCAGCCUGGUGUCCCGGGCCUGCUGCGUGGAUGGAGCCCCUGACAACCAGACCACAUCCACACCAAAAACUGAAUUACCAAACAAGGAGGAAACCUCUGACAAUGGAGAUAAUUCCAUAUUAAGUGACCAGUGCAACGGGAAAUGUGCUCAUGACUGUGUGGCCAAUGACACUUGUAGCUGCUUCAAAGGCUACAAACUCAAGCCAGACGGAGAGAGCUGUGAGGAUAUCAACGAGUGUUUGUUGGGCGCCAGCAACUGUCGCGUAGGAGAGCGUUGCAUCAACACAGAGGAUUUCCGUUGCCAGAGAGAGGUCAGCUGUGGGACCGGCUAUGAACUCACCGACGACAACAACUGCAAAGACAUUGACGAGUGUGAGACUGGCAUCCACAACUGUGGCCCAGAGUUCGAGUGCUCAAACAGCCAGGGGUCGUUCCGCUGUCUCCCUAAUGUCAAGUGUGGACCCGGCUUUAUCCAGGAUGCCCUCGGCCACUGCAUUGAUAUCAACGAAUGCGUCAGCCAGACGGGCCCCUGCCCACGCGGGCAGCUCUGCCUCAACACAGUCGGCUCCUACAUGUGCCAGAGGAACUCCGUCAACUGCGGUCGGGGAUACCACCUCAAUGAAGGAAGCACGCGCUGCAUCGAUAUUGAUGAGUGUAAGAGCACCGAAAGAGUCUGUGCAGGCCAUGGUUGUGUCAACCUGAUCGGCUCCUACCGCUGCGAGUGUGAGGCCGGCUACAACUUCAACAGCAUGAGUCGUACUUGUGAGGAUAUUAAUGAAUGCAGGCACUUCCCUGGCCGCCUGUGUGCUCACAAGUGCGAAAACAAUCGGGGAUCCUACGAGUGUAGCUGCACCACCGGCUUCAAGCUCGCCCUCGAUGACAGGAAUUGUGACGAUCUGAACGAGUGCGAGAGCAACCCGUGCAGUCAAGAGUGUGCCAACGUGUACGGCUCCUACCAGUGUUACUGUCGCCGCGGCUACCAGCUCAGCGAUAUAGACGGCAUGACUUGUGAAGAUAUCGAUGAGUGUGCCCUGCCCACUGGAGGUCAUAUUUGCUCCUACCGCUGUCACAACACCCCGGGCAGCUUCCACUGUUCCUGCCCCGUCAGCGGCUACACCUUGUCCUCCAACGGACGCAGCUGCCAGGAUAUUGAUGAAUGCGUGACAGGAACACACACCUGCACCGUGAAUCAGAGCUGCUUUAAUGUGCAGGGAGAAUUCAGAUGCUUGUCCUUCGACUGUCCAAACAACUACCGGCGUGUUGGAGAGACAGUGGCGAGGCUUCAACGCUCUGACACCAUUCGCUGUAUAAAGUCCUGUCAGCCCAAUGACGUCGCCUGUGUCCUGGACCCCAUGCACUCAGUGUCCCACACCUUCAUCUCCUUGCCCACCUUCAGAGAGUUCACAAUGCCAGAGGAGAUUGUUUUCCUGAGAACCACAGUGCCGGCGUACGGGUCCUAUCACUUAGGCAGUUACGACGUCAAGUUUGACAUACUGGAGGGCAACGUGGAGAACGCCUUCGACAUCCUCAAGCGGGUAGAGAACGGAAUGUAUGUGGGUGUCGUUCGCCAGGUGAAGCCUCUGAUUGGUCCACUAGCGCUAGUACUGAAACUGUCCAUGCGCAACCUGACAACUCAAGGCGACUCCGGCCAGAACAUCAUCAACGUUCAUGUCUUUGUCUCAGAGUUCUGGUUCUGAGAGGUGGAUGCCACAUUUUACCACAUUGUAUGAAGACAUCCAUUGUGAACACUGUACACAUUGGUUUGGUUAUAUCAAUGCAUGGAUCAGUGUUGAGGUUUAAUGCUACGUGUGAUUACUCGUGACAGUUCCUGAGAUGGAAGGCUACUAGCUGCUUCUGAUGACAAGCUCACUUCUGCAUUGCAACUGGUACAAUGGAGCUAAAUAUGGGGAAACUUUAUGUUAUUGAAAGUCUAUUAAGAAAGAAGACAUCCAGAAAGUUUUUUUUGCAUGCAUUUCGAAAGGUCAUUGAAGGAUACAACGAUUACAUUCGACAAUAUUAUUUUCAUGACAUUAUAAGCCUUUGUUUUUGUAGCAUUUACUUUUCCUCCAUUACUGUACGCAUAGGAUGAGUUAUUUUUUCUAUGGAAUAAACACUAUUUUAGUUACAGUAUUUGUUUAAUGUAUUUCCUCAAAGUAACAGUUAGCAACCAUGAAAUGUCCUACGGAAUUUACAUUUCUGGGUUCAGGAUGAUAAUAAAAGCAGGGGAACAUCUGUAUGUAUAUGUUUUACAAGCCAUACGAACAGAAAGACGGAGAUAAAGGGAGAUUUAGGAUGGUUUAGAUGUAAUAUCAAAAUCAGGACAAUUUUAUAACUGCAUUGGUGUGGCCCCACUAUCGCCAUAGAGUAGCUAACGUUAGCUAGCGCUACUCACUCACCCUAGACAGCGGUCAAGUUUUCCACAGAUUAUUCUCCCACCACAACAAGGUCCUCGUUGUGCCCCUUUAUUUACCUUUGUCCUGGCCUGUUGAGGGUCCUCUGGCAGGCUCACAAUUAGAAGAGUGCAGUUCAAAAAUGUGUAUAUGUACUUAGUAUUUUAAACCUCAUCUGGCUGCAUGGGAUCAGUCAUUAUAAUUGCUGUACAUGCCUGUGCUUUGGAAUCUAUUUAACAAAGUAAGUCCUAAUGUCAGUAUAUAGAGUAUAGUUACAUUCCCAAAUUAUUAUAUAAUGAUAAUUAACAGCGUUUCAAUUUUCAACAACUGCUCACUACAAUAUUAAACUGCAGAGUGUGCAGUGUGUUAUAUGGGGAAUAAUGAACAAGUUAAAACAAUGUUUUGCCAAUAUGCAAAAAAAUGUAACAUGUUUUCAUA